AUGGAAUGCCUCAACCUGCGCCCCGAAUCCAUUGCCUCACUUCAUGCCAUGAAUGAGGCGGAGCUGCGUGCUUUCAUAGGAAAGGGAAACUCAGCUGACACUGAUAGCGAGGACAGCUUGAGAAUCCGUAUCUAUGCAAGCUGCCUUUUGUUCGAGAUAUCAAGCUCUAACAAUGUUUUGGAAGAAGCUAUCCUCUGGACUGAAGGAAGGAUCGUCGCUUCACCUCCGCAUAAACAGGAUCUCGACGACUGGUUCGACAUUUACGCGACGCUUUUGGUGAUUUUGCACCACUCCCAGCAACAGUCUGGACAAAUCGCUGAGACGUCCAGUCGUGACGCUAUGCUUAGUGAUGUUGAUCUUCGAAUGAGACUCCUCAAGAACCAAGCAGCCAGAUCAAUGAUGAGGUUCGAACAGAGCCACCUCAUGGAAGAUUUGAAUCUGGCCAUCGCUAUUGUGGAACACUUGAUACCGAUGAUAGAACUUAACAAGUCAUCAAAGUUGCAGAACAACCUUGGUGUUAUGCUUCACAAGCGAUAUCAGAGAAUUGAAGCGAUAGACGAUCUGAGCCGAGCUAUUGAAGCGAUGAAACUCGCCAUCAGCCUUACUCCAGACGAUAGUCCGGAUCUUGCUGACCGCCUUAACAAACUUACCAUCUGGCUCAUUGCUCGAUUUGAGAGGACAGAUAUGGUUCAAGACUUGGACUCUGCCGUUGAGGCGGCAAAGGGAGCAGUAAAAUUGACAGCAGAGGGUCACCAGCACUACGCUGGAUAUCUGAACAACCUGGCCAACAGUCAUGGCAAGCGGUUCCAGCGAACAAACACAGUUGAUGACAUAAACUGUGCAAUCGAGGCAUCAUCAACAACUGUGAAUUCUACAUCACAAGAACACCCCGGGUUCUUGAAUAGCCUAGGCGUAUGGCUUUAUGAACGGUUCGAAACAUCGGGAGACGUCGUGGAUCUGGACCAUUCUAUUGAGGCCGCACGUCGUGCAGAUCUGAACGAAGCGUUGUAUAUCUUCACUCAAUGCCUAGAGGCAACACCUCGCCGAGAAUCAAAAUUUGCAUCGACUUUGAACAACCUGGGGAUCUGUCACGGCAUGCGAUUUGAGAGGACGGGGUCAAUUGUAGACCUGGGCCAUGCCAUUGAGAGAACGCACGAGUCAGUGGUCAGCACUCUUCGCAGUCAUCCACAACUACCCAACCGGCUGAACAGUCUUGGGAAUCAACUGAGGGCGCGCUUCCAAAGGACGGGAUUGAUGCAAGACUUGGAACAUGCUAUUGAUGCUGCAGAGAAAGCCAUCAAAAUCGCAACUAAGACUCACCCCCAUUAUCCUACAUAUCUGAGUAGCUUGGCAAAUAAGCUAAGCUUACGCUUUGAGCGAACAAGCGAAGUACACCACCUUGACCGUGCUAUCGAGCUGAUUGAUGAAGCAAUCCAAAGGCCUCAGUUCUCUCAAGAUAGGCUCGCUGCCUACUACAAUAACAUUGGAUCGUCGCUUCGCACACGCUACGAGAGAAUUGGAAGAGCAAGCGAUAUUGCUCGUGCUAUCGAAGCUUGCAACAAGGCGGUCGAUCUGACAGCCCGAGAUCAUCCCGAUGUCUACUCCUACCUCAACAACCUCGGCAAUGCGUACGGCAGCCGCUUCAAUAAGACGGAUUCCCUAGAUGAUCUAGAUUCCUGCAUAGGAUAUAUCACCAAGGCAGUCGAAGCAAUGCCACAAGAUCAUCCCGAUCGUUCAGUUAUGAUAAAUAAUCUAGGAAACUGGCUUGAUAAGCGAUUCGAGGUAACAAAAUCUGCCCAAGAUCGGGAUAGUCAGAUCUAUUGGUUUCUUGAGGCAUGGAACUCCAAAGUCGCAGCACCAUCUCAGAGAAUACGAGCAGCUGGUUCUGCUGCAUAUUUGUACAUACAGCGAGAAGAGUGGGAGAAGGCUAGUACAUUGCUGCGUGAAGCGGUGCUUCUUCUCCCGAAAGUGAGUCCGCGGUUUCUAUCUCAUACAGAUAAGCAGAGCUUACUUUCGAGUCUGUCUGGUAUGACAUCUAUGGCCGCGGCUGCCGCGCUCAGCGCUAACAAAGGGCCUUAUGAGGCGCUUCGUCUCUUGGAGCUGGGAAGAGGCUUAAUAUCAGGAUUUGUUAUGGACAUUCGCACAGAUAUCUCGGAGCUCGCAUCGGAGUACCCAGAAUUGGCGAAUGAGUUUGAUCGUCUUCGAGAUGAGAUGGGCCAGAUCCAAAGUGGUAUCGAUCUAUCGACGCAAGGGGACGACUUGGUAACUUGGCAGCGGAAGCUUCGGAAAGCCGAUGAAGAAUUCGACAAGCUUCUUGCGGAUAUCCGAGGCAAACUCGGAUUUGAGACUUUUCUUCUACCACCAACAGAAGCAGAACUGAUGGAAGCUGCAACCCCGGAUCCGAUCAUCGCCAUCAAUGUAAGCUUCUACAACUGCGAUGCAUUCAUCAUCGAGAGUACGGCAAUUACAGCGGUUGAGCUACCUGAUUUGUCACAAAGCAAGCUUCGCGCAUGGGCAAGCUUCCCAUCAGCCAGAUCUGAGCUUGGAUCUCGGCUAGAGUGGCUGUGGGAUGCUCUAUGUCACCCGUGUUUGGGGGCUCUUGGUCUUACAUCUCCAGUAUUUGAUGAAAACUGGCCCCAUAUCUGGUGGAUUCCAACCGACGCUCUCAAUUCUAUACCUAUUCAUGCUGCCGGGCGUUACAACCAAGGCUCUACAGAGACAGUCUUGGAUAGAGCCAUGUCGUCAUAUGCCUUGACCAUAAAGUCACUGCUUCAUGGGAGAAAGCGGAGUCUUGCUUCAGGUCGUGAAUCGCAGAGAAAGUCUGCGCUCCUUGUUGCUAUGCGUAAUACACCAGGCAGUACCAGAUUACCGUUCGCUGAACACGAAGUCAACAUGGUGAAGCAGAUGUGCCCAAAGCUCGGCCUCAAAGCGGACAUACCCAAGCCAUUGAAGGAGAGAGUCCUCGCGUCCUUGGAGACCUGUAAUGCGUUUCAUUUCGCAGGGCAUGGCCGAUUAAACCCGACGGAACCGUCCAAGAGCUGUUUAUGUCUUGAAGACUGGGAGAACGACCCUCUUACAGUUCAAGACAUCCGUGGGAAGAAUCUGGAAAGCAGUCAACCAUUUCUCGCAUACCUCUCUGCUUGCCGAACCGGAACGAACAUGGAGUCGAGACUUUCAGACGAAGGAAUUCACCUCGUUGGUGCGUUCCACUUGACUGGCUUCAGGCAUGUCGUUGGAAAACUAUGGGAAGUAUCAGACAGACACUGCGUUGAUAUAGCUGAAGCUUUCUAUGAAACUCUGCGUGAUGAAGGAAUGAACGAUCUAUCUGUGUGCAGAGGACUGCAUCGAGCACUGAGAAGGUUGAGAGAUAAGAAGCGAGUCAAAGGCAAGGAUAUCAGAGAUAUCACGGCGGUAAGCGAGGAGGAAGAUCAACCAGAUCUCGGAAAUACGGACUGGAUGCCCUAUAUUCAUUUCGGAUGCUAG